AUGCCUGGAAAACCAGUCUGCAUUGCUGAUUUUGAAGAGCAUGCCAAAACAUUUCUCCCCAAGGCUGUGUAUGAUUAUUACCGAUCUGGAGCAGAUGACCAGCAAACACUGGCAGAUAAUGUGGCAGCAUUUUCCAGAUGGAAGCUGUACCCCAGGGUGCUCAGGGAUGUGUCAGUGAUGGACCUGUCCACCUCAGUUCUGGGGCAGAGGGUCAGCAUGCCGGUGUGUGUUGCAGCAACCGCCAUGCAGCGCAUGGCUCACGCGGACGGGGAGACGGCGACCGCCAAAGCCUGCCAGGCCAUGGGGACAGGGAUGAUGCUGAGUUCCUGGGCCACCUCUUCCAUUGAAGAAGUGGCUGAAGCAGCUCCAUCUGGUCUUCGCUGGCUGCAGCUUUACAUUUACAAGGACCGGGGGGUGACAGAAUCCCUCGUGAGGCGAGCAGAGAGGGCAGGAUACAGAGGGAUUUUCGUGACGGUGGACACUCCGUACCUUGGCAGGCGCAUCGACGAUGUGCGCAACAAGUUCCAGCUUCCUCCUCACCUCAGGUAG